GCCCGCGCUCCCCUCUCCGCCUGAGGGCCCAGUCCCAGGCCCCGCAGGCCAGUGAUCUGCAUUUCCAACCUGGUUCUCCUCGAUCCCUCAGUCUCAGAUCUCUGCUCGGCCGGGACUGAGGAAGCGCUGGCCGUGACCGUGGGCUGACAGCGGCUCCAGGGACUCUAGGACCGCUGCGGCGGCGAAGAGCGCCGAGCCACAAUGCCGCGCUCGUUUCUGGUCAAGAGCAAGAAGGCUCACAGCUACCACCAGCCGCGCUCCCCCGGACCGGACUAUUCCCCGCGUUUGGAGAAUGCACCUGCGCCGGGCCGAGCAGGUGCGAGCACUUCCAGUGCAGGCGGAACGAAGACGGAGCCCGGGGACCGUUUGUCCCCCGAGUCACAGAGGACCGAGGCCCCUGACAGAACCUCUACGUCUCCGGACAGCUGUGAAGGCAGCGUCUGCGACCGGAGCUCUGAGUUUGAGGAUUUGUGGAGGCCUCCGUCGCCUUCCGUGUCUCCAGCCUCGGAGAAGUCCUUAUGCCCGUCGCUGGACGAAGCCCAGCCCUUCACCCUGCCUUUCAAGCCUUACUCGUGGAGCAGCCUGGCGGGUUCUGACCUGCGACACCUGGUUCAAAGCUACCGGCCGUGCGCGGCCCUGGAGCGUGGCGCCGAACUUGGCCUCUUCUGCGAGCGCGCUCCGGAGCCAGGCCACCCGGCAGCGCUGUUUGGGCCGGAGCGGGCUGCUGGCGGCGCGGGGACCGGGACACCAGGGGGCUGCGGCGCGACCAGUGGCGCCGCGGGUGGCGCGGGCCUGAGGCUCUACGGCGACUUCGGGCCCACGGCGGCAGGACUGUACGAGCGACCCCAUGCAGCGGCCGCCGGGCUGUACCCGGAGCGCGGCCACGAGCUGCGCGCAGACAAGGGCACUGGCGUCAAGGUGGAGUCCGAGUUGCUGUGCACCCGCCUGCUGCUGGGCGGCGGCUCCUACAAGUGCAUCAAGUGCAGUAAGGUGUUCUCCACGCCGCACGGGCUCGAAGUGCACGUGCGCAGGUCCCACAGCGGCACGAGACCCUUUGCCUGCGAGAUGUGCGGCAAGACCUUCGGGCACGCGGUGAGCCUGGAGCAGCACAAAGCCGUGCACUCGCAGGAGCGGAGCUUUGACUGCAAGAUCUGCGGCAAGAGCUUUAAGAGGUCAUCCACGCUGUCCACGCACCUGCUCAUCCACUCAGAUACCCGGCCCUACCCCUGUCAGUACUGUGGCAAGCGGUUCCACCAGAAGUCAGACAUGAAGAAGCACACCUUCAUCCACACUGGUGAGAAGCCCCACAAGUGCCAGGUGUGUGGCAAAGCCUUCAGCCAGAGCUCCAACCUCAUCACCCACAGCCGCAAGCACACAGGCUUCAAGCCCUUCGGCUGCGACCUGUGUGGGAAGGGCUUCCAGAGGAAGGUGGACCUGCGGCGGCACCGGGAGACGCAGCACGGGCUCAAGUGAACAGAGCCGGUCCGUGCAGACUGCACGCAACUGCUUACAUGACACUACCACCCCACUCUCACCCCACCCUGACUUCUCAGGCCUCCCCUCCCCCCAGCUCAGUCUGCAGGUCCCCCAAGGAUGCUUUCUGGAGCUGCCUGGGUUGGGCUGGGGAGGAAUGAGGGUUGGGUGGUGACCUUUAUUCCUGCUGGUCAGGCAGAGUGGGAAGUGAGGGGCUUGUCAGGCUGUGAGCGAGGGUCCUCUCUUCUAUGCCAGAGGAUGCAGAAUCAUGUGGGAACCACGUAACCCUUGGACCCCACCGUUACCAACCCUACUCCACAGACAGCAAUGUCUUUCUGGGUAUUUCCUUCCUCCUCCUCCUCUUGCCUUAGCCCUAUGUGGGAGAGGAGGUGGCACCAACGCUCACAUGUUUGUCUAGGAACAUGAAGGAGUAUUACUUUUUGUUGUCGUUGUUCUGGGGGGACGGUCUAUUGACCUCUCUCUGUUGGGUGCUUGACUGUAUGUCUUGAAGGAAUCCUUCUAAAAACUGGUUAGGGAACUGCUUUGGGGAAGGAAUUUAGUGCUUUGGAAAUCCAUGACCUACACUGCAGAGCCACCACGGGGAGGAGCAGAAGUGGACUUGGUGAUGAGAGGAGCCUGGAGGGCCCUCCUUCAGGAGGCAUACGUGCCUGUGUACAGGGUGCCAGCUCACAUGGCACCAAGCACCGUGCUAGGCCCUGGAGAGCCAGGGCAGGCAGAGCCCUGUUCCUGCCCCCUAGAAGCCAACAGCUGCCCCUCUAAGUGACAGUUUUCUCUUUCCCUCGGAGGGACUUCUGAGAUGGUAACCCAGCAUCUUGAACCUUCCCUUGGACCCUGUUGGGUUUCACCAAGUGUAAACCAAAAGUGGCUGAAGGGAGAGUCAUCUCGAAGACUUGUGGACAUCUUUGAAGACUUCAGCUUUUUUUCUGGCGAAGCUGAUACAUUUCAGGUUUCUCAGCUGGCAGUCAUGCAAGCAACUUAUUUUCAACUUUUGGACCCUCUGUGGGGUAAAGGAGAAGGUGGUAUUUUUACUUUGGCAGCAUUUGUAAAGGUUUUUGGAUCUUCUGGAGUGCAUUAUGAUUGUUGAAUACAUAUUUAUUAGAGUGGCAUUUUAAGUUAAUAAAGUAUUAAAACUGAAAACUGGUUGCCUUUCCUUUAGGCAGGAAGUCUAGGGAAGGCCUCCAUGUUAAUCUCUGGGAAAUGCUGACACUGAAGGGAAUUGGAGUGGAGGGUCUUAGUGGAGCGAGUAAGCCCACAUCCAGAGAAAAGGCAAAAGCCAGUUGCUGGGAUUUUGGAAGACCUCUCCUUCUUUCUUUUCUGCUCCAUGACAAUUCUUUCUGAACAGAAAAGCUAGGAAGGGUAUAAAGCAAAGCUCCCAUCUUGCAGAGUCCUCCAUAUUCCCACAGGCACUUGAGCUCCAUCCUCUGAGCAUUUCAGAGACUUCCAGGCCCCAAAAGCUCUCAGAAAAAUACAGAAAUCAAAUUUUUGGUCUUAGCAAAUCCUUUGAUUUUUCCCAAUACCAGUUUCCUAGACCAUUAAAUUUAGACCUGAUUGUGUCUCCCCAUCCACCACUGAUGGGAUCAGUGGUUAGCCAUCUUGCCCAAUGCAACAAACCAAAUCCCAAGUCACGUAUAAAGCGAUAAAACUGGAGUCUGGAGGCAUUUCAUAAAUUCAAGAAAAUGAAACCAGAAUAAUGUCCUGGCCUGAAUCCCUAUGACCAUGCUCUGCUACCUGCUGGCUGGGCGAUGCAUGGCCUGUGGUGACUCCUGGUAGAUUUCUCAUUUUCAUUGAGGUAAAAUUCACGCACAUUGCAUGUGUACAUAGCAUGUGUCUGGCACUGUCUUGUAUGGUAAAGCUAUAGCAGUGAGGACAAUGUCCUGUGAAACUUUGUUUGGUUCUUGAUGAAUCUUUAGCUCCCAGAGCAGUGCCUGGCCCACGUUAGAAGAUCUAUCAAUAUUUGCUGAGAUGGUAAGAGAAUAAACAGAGAAAACUGUCCCCUGCUUUAUCUUAGGGGCUGGCUCAGCUCUACAGCCCAAUGCCUGGACAAAUAGAGCACAUAUGCCCUUCUUUCUGAAUUGUUGUUUCUGGUGAUGGUGGUGGUGGUGGUGGUGGGGCUUGGAUGCUGCUUUCCUCUACUCUCUCCAAAUCUCAGAACUGCGGUGUCUUCCCUUUAGCUUCCCACACCAUGUCUUUCUAUGGCAGUUUCUGCUCAGUCACAAGUUGUCAGGUGGAUUUUCAGAAUUGAUGGGCAUGAACAGCAGGAACCAUCUCCUUAGGGUCCCAGGAGGCAGAGCUCCCAGUGAAUAGAGGUGACAAGAUGGCCUUCCCGUAGAAGUUGCUGCACAUACUGCUUUGUUACUUCCAACCUGAUUUGAAAAGUAAAGACGUAGCACCAAGGGUUAGUUGGAACUGAUUGAAAUCUAAGUGUCUGUCCCAUCCCACUCUUCUCCUUGAUGUCCUGUAGAUCACAUGGUUCAUUUCAUGACCCACCCUGCUUAUGUUUAUAAAAGAGGAAUUGCAAUUUUUGAUCUGAACCGAGUACCUGUUUUUGGAAAGAAAUUUAUCUGGAGAUUCCCGUGCGGAAUCAAAACAUGUUACUUUGCCUGUGACCGUGUGAAAUUUGAAGAUUGCAAAUAUCUCUCUUAAUGUUAUUACUUGACUCCAUUAAAAAUAGAUGGUGAAUAUUCCAUGUCACAUUAUUCAUGAGGCAGGUUCUAUGCCUUUUGUCUGCCGAAGUAACAGGAGAAAGGUAAGGAGAGACUGCAGAGCACACCUUUGUUUCUCUCACUGAAUUUUUAAUAACCCCUCCAGCCAGCCAGUUGGUGAAGCUCAGCUCUUGCAUAAAAGCGGAAAAGCACAGCCAUCUCUGAGAAGACCGACUCUUUCAAGAGCUAAUUUGAGUUUGUGUUGGGCUACACCAGACAGGAUUGAGUUACCUAUCGAGUGUGCCGAGCUAUCAGGAUUCAGGCCACGUAAAAGGUGAAUUUCAUCUGAUUGAUUUGAGACACGAAUGGAACAAUUGAGUUUUAAAAGCCCCGCCUUAAUUAAAGGGAGAGCAAAGUCACACUCCCUGGCGACUUGGUGACUGCCAUUGCCCUCGAAAACUGGGUGGCAAAAGUGAUUUGCCUCUGGUCACUGUGUUGUGUGCCUAUUUGCUCAACCUAUACUUUAAUUGAAAGGGGUGAACUUAGAGAAAGCUCUGAAAGGUCUUCACCCAUUUUUUAGCUUUGCAUUUCUAGAGCACUUUUGUUUAAUCUCUGCUUGGAGAAUUUGUGCAGUGGAAACUUUUCAGGCAGUGUAUAUUCACUUCAGCAAUGUGCUUUCAUUCUUUAAGUUGGAUGAAAAGUUUAACAAAAUUUCACCCCAAAUCUCUUGCUUGAACGUUUGUGUUAGUAUUUUGGUGUCUUCUUCCUAAUCUUUUAUCUACAUAUGUGCAAAGUUGUAUUUUUGUUUACUCUGUGAUUGGGUAUUUAUCAUUAAUGUCAAGGUGGUUCUUUUAUUUAUGUAUUCUUAUACAACAUGGACACAUACUUAAAAGUGAAAUACAUUUCACAGUAAAAAUUUGGACAUUUGGUUAAAUUUUGUAAAAUUUUGUGUGCUUAGGAAUUUUAUGAAGUAUUAAGAAAAUCUUGCUGAAGUGCAACAUUACUCUGUGAAUAAAAUAUCUUAAGUCUGCAGGAAUUAGAGGUUAACACGACAAGUGAGAGCAUAACCCGUGCCUUACUGUACUUACUUUGGAUUUUGUUGUUGAAAUAAAACAUUACAAACAUGAAAGAUGCAGUUUACUCCAGCUGCUUCCUAUAAAUUGCAGUUUAUUUAUUCCCACAUUGGAAAUUGGUCAUUUCCAAUUUUGCCUAUUACAAAAGAUUCUGAGGCAAGUAACUUCUUAUGUCUCUGUAUGAUUGAGAUUUUUAGGGUAUUUCCUGGGAAUGGAAAUGCUGUGUACUUUCAAACUGCUGGCCAAACUCUUUUACUUUUAUAUGUCUCACCAAUAGCAAAGGAGAAUUCCUGUUGUUCCAUAGUAUCUUAUCAACACUUGGUAUUGUCAAAUUUUAAAAAUAUUUGCCAAUCAGAAAGACAUAAAAUGUCAUUAUAAUCUCUUUUUUUUUUUUGGCCUCUUCAUGUACUUUGUCCAUUUUUGGGGGGUGGUGGCUAGGUUGCUUACUAUUUUAUCAAUUUGUUCCUAACAUAUAUUCUGAAUACUCACUGUCAAUACAUAUUUAACAAAGCAUUUGUUAGCUAAAUGUGUAACUUUUUCACUUGGAAGAGAUUUGUUUGUUUUGGUGCUAAGGUGGU